AUGGAUGAUUUUCAGGUCGUUUCGUUCAACGACCUCCUAUCGCACUGCGUCCAGAGAUGUGUCGUGGAUUGGCGCUGCUUCUGCUACCGGCAGGUAAACGACGAGUCGUACGUCGACAGCCAUGCGCGCACUGGGAUCAUCCAGUUCGCGAGGGCGCAGCGCGAGGUGUUCCUGAAGCUGUACGUGCUGUACCGGUUCAUGCGUGAGCAGCGCAAGCUGGACAAGCUCCUGGAAAACACGUACUCCUUCGAGAGCUACCUCGACAACUGCGGCCGGGACGUGGCGCUUAACCUGAGGAAGGUGCAGCAACUGGAGCUGCUGGUGCCGUGCCCCAACACCGCGCUGGCCGUCGACCUGCUUUCGACCGGCCGGUAUACACGCAUGCCCCUGAUGCUGCAGCAGCUCGCGGAGUCGGCCACCACCAACUCGGUGCCGCUGCCACCCCUGAGCCCGGAGGAGGCCGACCCGACCAUGGAACGCAUAUACAGCGAGUACCGCAUGCAGUUCCGGAGAUCGGAGUGCAGCCGCAAGCAGGUUGUGGUUGAGUACAACAACGCGCAGUGCACGCUCACGCGGGAGGGGAUGUUCAGAGUGACCCUUGUGUACGACUUUUACUUGUGGCAGGUGCUGCUGGCCGUGCCCACGCUGCUGGAGCGCUUCGGGUGCAGCACCGAGGGCGAAACGCGGGGCACGUUCCUCUCGCUGUUGAUGUAUGCCGUGGCGAUCCACAACACCACAAACGAUCGGAAUAUCUUCGACGUGGUGUACGAGUGCGCGAACCUGUACGUCGGGAAGAUAAUAAUGGAACGGCUGAAAGGCCAAGCUGUGGACUACAGGUCGCUCAGACUCAUGGUGACGGACUACACCUAUUACGUGUCGUCGGAGCCGGAGCGUUCGCUCCUCUCGUGCUCAGACGUGGAAAUAAACGACCAGCAAAGGCUGGUGCUGGACGUCAAAACCUUCCCUGGGUUCAAGGAGGGCGAUGUCGAGUCCAUCACGCUGCGGUUCGAAAUGGACGGGCGCGGCGACAUCAGCGUGGCGACGCUGGAGCUGCCCGGCAUGAUCGCCGAGAGCGACAUCACUGAGCACCGACUUGACCAGUGGCUGGACGUCUUGGCUAAUCGCCUCGAGCGGUACCAGCUCGACAAACUGGAUAACAGCAAAUACGUUUUCAUGAACUACGCCACGGGCUCACUCAACCUCAAGGGGCUCCCGGCGCCCUUCACCCUGGCCGAGUCACAGCCUCUGAUGCAAUGCAUGCACGUUAGAGAGGCGCUGAUGCAGGUGGGCAACGGAGAAGAGCCCUGCCAAGACCUAUCCCGGGUGUUGCUGCGCGACUUCUGGCGCAACAAACCGUGCGAGUUUUGCGCACCUUCCGACAAUGACGAGCAGGCGGAAACGCGGCCGAAAGCAGCAUCGUCUCGUGACAUUAUCUCGCUCUACUUACAAGACCCCAAUGGCGCGUUAGGUGUCCUCAGCGAGCGGCUGCGGGAGUUGGUUAUUGACUUCUGGAUUUACCUGGCGGAAAAGCCGACCCCUGUGCACGGCGCCGUCGCCUACCGGGUCGACAAAACGUUCGACUUUGUAAGCAAGGACGACAUGCAACUCUACUUCACCGCCUUCGCACACUACGGGUCGAUUGCCGGGCGGGCGCUUCUGAUCGUCAAGGGAUCGGCGCUGCAGGGCGUAAUCAGGCUGACGGACGACCUAUCGCAGUAUGCGGGCUCGCGUAACAUGGUGUUGGGGUUGGUUAACCUGGCGUCUAAGGUAUCGCAUCUAUACGGGUUUACGACCAAGCCGCUCGCGCCGGCCGACCAAACGAUCGUCGCGCUGCUGAGGGGCAUAAUGCUAACGGUCAACUACAUGGGCGUGUGCGACUGCGUCAGCCAUAACGGAGUAACGUCGCGUUUCAACUCCACGGAAGCCGCGUACAGCUUCCUGAAGACCAUGAUGACGAUGGGAUAG